UCUGAUUUUAAUGUGGAGAGGUGAGGGGGCUGAUGGAGUUGGAAGGAGACAGAAAGUGGGAAUACUGAUUCUAAUCACAGUAGGGGCUGAUUUGUGUUAUUUUGAUGCUGAUUUAGGUGAGCUGGAGGAGGGCUACAGUGACCCUGGCCCUGUGGUAGGAAGUGUCUCACUGCUAAGCACGGAGUGGAAUCUCUCUUUGAUCUCAUUAACCCCAUCAGUACUGGAUUAGCAGAUGUGUUUCUGGAGCUUGACUCUCAGACACUUGAGGUGUAUAGAAGGUGGCAGAGAUUACUUCAGUAGAAAAAGGGUUGCAGAUGCAUGCCAGGUUCCCGCUGAAUGCCAGCAGUAGAGAUCACUCCAGAUGGAGCCCCAGGGUCAGCAUGGCAGCGGCGGUUCCGUGGUGGUGAUUCAGCAGCCCUCCUUGGACAGCCGGCAGCGCUUGGACUAUGAAAGGGAGAGCCAGCCCACGACGAUCUUGUCACUGGACCAGAUCAAGGCCAUCAGGGGCAGCAACGAAUACACCGAAGGUCCUUCUGUGGUGAAAAAGUCUGCUCCGCGGACAGCACCGAGGCAGGAGAAGCAUGAAAGGACUCACGAGAUUAUACCAAUUAAUGUGAAUAAUAAUUACGAACACAGGUCCAGCCAUGUGGGGCACGUGGCACAUCAGCAUAACACGAGGGCUCCCGUCCUGAGCCGGUCGACCAGCACGGGGAGUGCGGCCAGCUCUGGGAGCAACAGCAGCGCCUCCUCGGAGCAAGGGCUGCUGGGGCGGUCACCCCCGUCCCGGCCGGGCUCCGGCCACAGAUCCGAUCGGACAAUCCGGGCGCAGCCCAAGCAGUCGUCUCUGAUCGUGGAUGAUCUGAAGGGUCCUUUGAAAGAGGACUUGACGCAGCACAAGUUCAUCUGCGAACAGUGUGGGAAGUGCAAGUGCGGGGAGUGCACGGCGCCGAGGGCGCUGCCGUCCUGCCUGGCCUGCAACCGGCAGUGCCUGUGCUCGGCCGAGAGCAUGGUGGAGUACGGCACCUGCAUGUGCCUGGUCAAAGGGAUCUUCUACCACUGUUCCAACGACGAUGAAGGGGACUCUUAUGCGGAUAAUCCCUGCUCCUGCUCCCAGUCACACUGCUGUUCUAGGUACCUGUGCAUGGGAGCCAUGUCCUUGUUCCUGCCUUGCUUGCUCUGCUACCCUCCGGCCAAAGGAUGCCUAAAACUCUGCCGAGGGUGCUACGACCGCGUCAAUCGUCCGGGUUGCCGGUGCAAGAACUCCAACACAGUCUAUUGUAAACUGGAGAGCUGCCCUUCCCGGGGUCAGGGCAAGCCCUCAUGAUUUUGGGAGGGAGGUUUACUUCCUCCAACUUCGGUUUUUCAGGUUGUAGCUGAUUUUUUUUUUUUUUUCCCUUUCCUUCUUCCCCUUCCUCUCCCGUUUUGGGAGGACUGUUCUUUUCCUUUCCCUUCUGUCUCCCCAGCUUCAGAUACACAAGUUCUUCCCUUUGCAUCUUUGCUCUCCUCUUCCUAUUGACUUGGCUGAGUGUGGAGCGUUUCAUGUAGUCGUUGCUGCUCUUUGGUAAGUGUGGACCUGGUAUCUGCACCUGUCGCUCACUUGGGCAGGGACUUUGAGUUUGUAACUGAACCACUCCUGAGAGAGACAGUGAGGGCUCACUGGGCUCUUGAAGCUUCUUGCUCUGUGAAUAUCUCUUCCCAAAGAUGUUUUUCCUUCUCAGCAAUUUAUGGUGGUUUUUUCCUUAACCUUCCGGUAGCCAAGGAAGAAUAUCUUUCCUGAGUGAGCUGGAUUGUGAAAUAAUUUUUUGUGUGUGUUCUUUCUGGAGAGGGAUGUAAAAUAAAGGCUUCACCAAAUGAAAGGUCUGACUCUUCUAUAAGCAGCCUGCUUCUUUUUGCAUCUUUUUUUUUUUUCCCACCCUCUCUUUUUGUCUUAACUUUCGGAACAUUCUCACACCUGAGAAUUACCCUGCCUCCUGCUAUUUUUUUUUUUUUUUUUACAUUUUCUAUGUAACUUCAGUUUUUGCUACACUGUGUAGAUCUUCACAUUGGAGACAUUGUGGCUGCAACAUACUCAUUUGUUUCUUUUGCUGUCCAAUCUUUGAAGGAUAUUGCUCGCUCCACUCUCCUAAUCCUGUUCUUAUAGUCUGUCAGUAUCAGUUGAUAUUAAAGUUGGUGGUGUUCAUAUAUCCAAACAGCCUUCAGGUGUCAUUGAGUCACCUAAAUGUUCUUGAAUCCUUCAAGUUUCUUGUGAUCCUUUGGUUUAGUGAGUUUAGCUCUGCUCUGUACUUUAUAAUUUUAUUCUGUCCCUGUUUUAUUGCCUUAGCCACAAAUUGUGGUCCUUUUUUGUAUAUUUUAUGUAUAAAACACAAAGUUGAAUCCCAACUAUUUUUAAGACAAAAGUCUGUUAAAACUUUUUUUAUUGUAAAGAAUAUUUAUUAUGUGAAUCUCUAUUAUUUUAUGAUAUUUAUUGCAAAAGACUUUGAAAAUGUACUCAUGUCUGAAUAUAACAAAAUAUCAAUACUUAACGAAAUAAGGAUGACACGAAGAAAGUACAUAUGUUAACUAUAAUGCAGAAAAUAUAUUAAUUAAUGAAAA